AUGUCUCUCGUCGUUUCAAUGGAUAUUUUCGGAGCGGAGGUGCUUGCUGACGAUGAAGAUACUGAUUUCCUUAUGAAUGUAUUUUCCGAUCUUGGCCCUGUCCUUGCGUUAUUCGGCGAACAAUUCGCCCGUCAGUUUCUCAGUGAGACGUUCACUUGGUAUGAUCACCUCAUCUUUGCCUGUGUCCCAUUGGGGAUUAUGACAGCUAUCGCGGGCGCAAUUCGUGUUGAGGGCCGCCCAGUACUUAAAGCCUUUAUUGGCCGUGCUCGCCAAAAUCAAGCUGCCGUGGAAAUAGAGUAUAUGUCUUCUACGUCUGCCGAGGUAGGGGAAUUGUUCAAUGGGAAGGGUAUUGUCAGAACUAUGGGGCAGUCAAAGAUUGCGCAGUUCAUUGUUUUCCCACAUGUGUUCAACAUGUACGAGGCGAACAGAAAAACACUUGGCAUACACACGUUGAAGUCUGCGACAAAGAAAGGUGAAGAAGUUCUUAGAAAAGAAGAUUAUCACGAUGAGCUUGAUUUCGAUCCGAAUCUCGGGAAAAAAAAACUCGAAGAUGGUACGGACAAUGAUGAUAUUACAACGAAUUACUGGGACUCUCUGCAAUAUCCCAAUCUUCAGUUGAACAUUGCAGCUAAGAGAAUUACACUGCAACGAAGGAGUGUGGAGCUGCACUUGGCUGCUGCUAUAUCAAUCAUCUUACAAGCGUCGCUUCUUGUGAUAGCCGUGGUGAUUCCAUAUCGAGUCAACAGUUUUGAACAACAACCUUGGGGUCUUCCUUGCUACAUGAUCGGCUCUGUUCUGCUGUUCAUAGGCAUGCUCGCUUGCUCCGUUGCUAUUGAAAGGAGUACAAAAGAGUUUAAAUGGUUUCCAAAUGACUCACAAGCCAUUAAGGAAAAGCCCAUGUGUUUAUUCUGGGUGCAGGGGAAACAGCGAGUCAGUGACCAAGAAUUUGGCUCUUAUAUCAUUUACGCACAAAAUAAAGAUUUUAUUUCGACAUCGAGCCGAAAAGAAGACGUCGAAUAUGAAGAGAAGGUCAAAGGUGAUCAGACUAAGCCCCGUUACCGAACGAAGUCAACUACCAAGACGCAAGAAUAUUCCGAACAGAAAGAAGAAAGUAUAAAAGGGAAGGCUGACGCAAAACUUCCAUGGGACCGCGAUAUUCGGGCAAUCGUUGCUCUCCUUGCUGGUGGCUCUGGAUUCACUAUUCAGUUUAUAGGUCUUAGAGGCCUUCCAUGGCCUGUUGCUGUUGCGCACCUCGGGGCUAUUAUCAUCAUGGCCAUGAUAAGGGCAUUGGUCAGGCGACGACUUGGGGAAGAUACCCAAUAUCGUGAGGCUCCAUCAGAGUAUGAACUUGACUACCUAGCUAUAUAA